CCUUCUCUGUCCCUUACGUUACCCCCCCUCCUCGCGUUAGGACUCUCCCGAUCUACUCGUCGUCACGCCGACAGUCUCUUUCCUUUUCUGUCUUUCUCUCCAUUCCUACAGUCCUCCGUUACUCCACUCUCAUCUUUAUUCGCUGGAUAUCUUUCCAAACUUGGGAAUAAAGCCCCGGAUAUAAUACGUUUCUCACCCAAGCCGCAACAUGGCAUCAGGUGUGACAGUGAAUGAUGAGGUCAUCAAGGUAUUCAAUGAAAUGAAGGUUCGAAAAUCGUCCACUUCCGAGGAGAUCAAGAAGAGGAAGAAAGCUGUCCUGUUUUGUCUGAGCCCCGACAAGAAGGAGAUCAUCGUGGAGGAAGCCAAACAGAUCUUAGUGGGGGACAUUGGAGAUACAGUUCAAGAUCCUUACAGGACCUUUGUCAACCUUCUGCCACUGGACGACUGCCGAUAUGGACUGUAUGACGCCACUUAUGAAACGAAAGAAUCCAAGAAGGAGGAUCUUGUCUUCAUCUUCUGGGCUCCUGAUAACGCACCUCUAAAAAGCAAGAUGAUCUACGCUAGUUCCAAAGACGCAAUUAAGAAGAAAUUUACAGGUAUCAAACAUGAAUGGCAGGUGAACGGCUUGGAUGAUAUUAAAGACCGCUCUACCUUGGCAGACAAACUUGGUGGGAAUGUAGUGGUCUCACUCGAAGGGCUCCCACUGAAAUAAAUCACGUUAGCACCUUGCUGAAAAUUA